AUGAGGAUAAAGCUAAUUGUCAAUGGAUGUGAAGUGCCAGAGGAUUACCAGCUUUUAAAGACAACUAUUUCUACGGUGGCUACUCUUAGAAAGACAGCUGUAUUAAGAUUUAACAGUGAGCGUCUAUCGAUCAUAUCAACACCGAAAUCAACCUCUAAUACCAGUAGUACGAUUCUCCACGGUGAUAAUGGUCAACUAUGGUGUUCCAUUCCUCGAGACGUGUUUAGACAGUAUACAGUUGUAUCACAACGUGAAUUAAAUGCCAUUACUAUGGAGUGUAAUUGUGAUUCGCUACUAAGUGCAUUCAAACGCUAUGAGAAAGUUAUAGCCCGUGGUUCUUCUUCCGAGAUGGUGAUUAAAUUACAAGCCAUGCCAGAAUUGAAUCUUGCCGUUAAUGCAGCAAGCGGCUCCAAUGGUAAUAGUGGUGAAGCCGCUAAGAGUAAUCCGGUAUGUGCUCUAGGUAUUUCAUUCGAAGAAAUCCUCCAUACAAUGGGAGAUGAAGACAAAAACGGGUAUAGUGGAUCGAACGGCGCUAAUGCUGGUGCAUUUGGUAGUAAAAAGACCAUUAUGCAUUCUUUUAAAGUUCCAGUAAGACUCAUGUCAAGGGUACAAGAUGUUCGAAUAAAAGAACCCAUGGUUAGCGGUGCACAACUUUCAAUGUACAAACUGCCACCCUACUCUAGUGAAUUUGGAGCUGGUUUCUCAAAUUUCAUUAGGAGGGUAGAUAGAUAUACCAGCGUGAACCAUAUAAGGCUAAGCGCCAUCAAUAAGAAGGAUGCGCUAGGGCAUGAAACGAAUCGAUUGAAGCUAGUGAUAAAUGAGCUGGAUUGGCAUUUGCAAGUAUGUUGGAAUGGUCCUUUAACUCCACUGGUACCUGAAGAUAUGCCACCACAGGCAUCCCAGGAUGAUGGAAGACGACCGAUUAGUAGAAGGGAGACUGCGGCGGAAGAUACAGACGACAGCAUGAGAAUAGAUGAAAGUACAGUGCUGGAUGCAGCUCAUCAUGAUGUAUUGAAUUCACUACCCGAGAAUGAUGUCGAAUUGAUGGAUGUCUCUGCAGUGGUAGAACAAGCAGAAAGAGAAAGCGCGCAGACUCAUGAAGUGAUGAUCAAGAUAAAAGAUUGGAAAGUUUGUCAUAAACUCUACGAUGCAUUUGAAGAACUUAUUUUAGCCAUCUCCCAUAACGAAUCAUGUGUUUUACAUUGUUCUUUAGACAGAGGUAGUGUCGAUGAAGGCGAGGAUCCAGAUAAACCAAGGGAGAAGGGUCAGAUUAUUUAUUACAUGGCAAGAUCAAAACCUAUUUGA